CCCGGGCAGGGAGAUGGCGCUCAGCCCCCCCGGGCGGGAGGCGGCGGGCGGGCAAGCGGCCGAGCCGGCGGGGCUACCGCUCCACUCGCCUUGGACCUUCUGGCUGGACAAGUCACUUCCUGGUUCGACAGCGGCAGAAUAUGCGUCAAAUUUGAAGAAGAUUUAUACAGUACAGACAGUACAGGAUUUCUGGAGUGUCUACAACAACAUUCCUCCCGUGACAAGUUUGCCUCUGAGAAGUAGUUACCACUUAAUGCGGGGAGAAAGACGGCCGCUUUGGGAAGAAGAAAGCAAUGCCAAAGGAGGUAUAUGGAAAAUGAAGGUCCCUAAAGAAAGUACGGCUGCAGUUUGGAAAGAGCUACUAUUAGCAACUAUUGGAGAGCAGUUUGCAGACUGUUGUGCAGCAGAUGAUGAAGUAAUAGGGGUUAGCGUCAGUGUUCGUGACCGUGAAGAUGUUGUGCAAGUCUGGAAUGUGAAUGCCUCUUCAGCAAGUGAAGCAAAAGUUUUAGAAAAGAUACAUAAACUCCUGCCACACACAUCUUUUAAAGUGGCGUUUUACAAAUCACACAGAGAGCAUCGUGCUUUUGAAGGCUGACGGGGAAAACAUUAAGAGCAGACUGUGCCAAGCUCAUUCAUUAUUAUUUGGUGUUUUGAGGUGGACUGGACAGGGAGAAGGAUGGAUGGAAGCCCUGCAGAAGCACUACUCACAGUGGCUCAUUUGAGUUUCUAACAUUUCAAACUGAGAAAAUGAGGAAAAACAGUUGCCUUGACUGCUAAACGUGCAAUUCAUUACUUCUGGUUUGGUUGUUUUUUUUUUGUUUUUUUUUUGGGGUUUGUUUUUUUUUUUUCAUUGUUUCUUUAAAAAGAUAUUUUGGCCACUUUUUUUUUUUUCAAUCAGAUUAGUUUUGUUCUUAUUUCAUUAAGGUAGCAGGCUUUCAUUUCUUCUGUACUGUACUUAGUUAAAUGCAAAUGGGCACAAAGAUGGUUUGCUGUAGAGGAAUACUGGCUUGGUGAAAUAUGUUUUGAAUUUUCAUUUUAAAACAUUCCUAUCAUGUUAAGAUUUACUCACUGGUUUUGUCCCAAGAGAGAAAGAAAUUGCACUGCAUUUAUUCUAAUAUUCAACGUCAUCUGGUCUUGCACUAAGAAUGGCACACGUACUGUAAAAGCAAAUAGCAAUUGGGACUAAACUUCUGUGGGAUGAUCUUAAUGAGUGUUUUAAUUGUAGUGAUCUCAAAAGAGCCCCUGUUCAGCCUAGAAUGAGACAUCUUUCAGUAGGAAACCCCGCAAACUCCACACCUCUUAUUUAAGAGGCGAUGUUUUUUUUUUUUUAAUGUUCUUAUAUUGUAUGCUUUCUUAUGAUAUUUUUCUGUACAUUCACGAAAGUGCCAUGAAUAAUUUCUAAUGUAUUAGACUAACUGGAUCCAUCCUGCACAGUUCUGUGAGUAUUUUAGACCCACGGCUGUGCCCACAAAGGUCAGUAUCAGAAUUAUUGUUGACUUCAGUGCAAAGGAAGAGAUUCCAUCAUAUGGUUCAAGCCAUCGUGACUUCCUAAGUGACCUUUUUUUUUUUAAAAAAAAAAAAACAACCAAAAAACCAGAAAAGAAAUGGAUUUUGUGUUGCAGUGUGAAUAUGAACAGUUAUAAACAGUGUUGUUAAUCUUUAAACUUGUGUCUAUAUUAAUUCUUUGAGUUGUUGGUUUAUUUUAAUAUACUACCAAAGAUUGAUGUAGUUCCUCUUAUAAGAAGCUGCAAGGUAGGGAUGAACAUACACUCCACUGAGCAUUACUUCAUUGUUAAGAGGUUUUUGCUUGGCAACUGUUCAACUUGCACUGAUUUCCACAUCUUUAGUAUAUUAAGAGGCAGCCAUUAAAAUCAAAUAAAUUUAAAAAUAAGAAUUGCA